UCAACUAUUUCAUGUUGGUCUGAAAUAACAUCAGCUUAGUUAUAAGAGCUCUGAGUUAUUGAUAACUUUCGACUGUCGAUGAUUAGCAUGCUUGAGUGAGUUGAAACAUUAAUGACCAAUCACAUUCAAGGCGACAAAAAUGCAUCUUUGAGCCACGAUAACCUCGACACUACCAGAUGGCCAUUGACGAUUCACCGUGGAGAUAGCUUAUGAUGAAAGCGAGAGCAACGCGUUUGUUUGUCGCAGUACUGACUUAUGUUUUCACAGAAAGUGUUGUCGCAGAGAGAAAUACGGCCUGUAUCCAGAGAACGGUUGAUUAUCACUGCUGUCGAUUUCCAUUCCGCUACAAAGGAGUAAAAUACAAGAAAUGCACGAAUAAUGGGGACGCCGAGGGCCGCUUUUGGUGCGCCACUGAAGACGUUAGACAUCGCAGUAACGAAACUACCAGUUGGGGCUACUGCAAAUUGAGGAAAUCGCAGUGUCUUGUAAAGACUACAGAUGGAGAAUGUUGCAAAUUCCCGUUUAAAUAUCUUGGUAAAGACUACAUCAGCUGCGCAGCCACUGAUAAUGAUCCAAAUGGUGAAUACUGGUGUGCAACAGAGAAUGAAUUUGACAGGAAUCUGAGCGGAUCGGGCUGGGGUUAUUGCGCAGGGUCAACGUGCUUUUCAUGUCGAAGUAAUACAUCUUGGGCGCAUUGUAACAAAAACAUCAUCAAGAAGAUAUGUCCUUAUAAGUUUGAACAUUGCAAUGCCAUAACUAAGGAAGAAACUCACAGCUGGGGAGAAAAUUCGAACAAAUCUGAGAUAGUGACAAAGACGUUUACAAAGGAUUGCUCUUCAGACAGUGACUGUGCCAACCCUGACCUCUACUGCGACGGCCAUCUUAACUGCUUACAUCAGUGUUGUCAUGGAAACUUAUGCAACGCAGGCAAAAGUCUGAGGGGCUAUCUUCAAGGGAUCAUUGUUCUAUCAUUUGCUGCUGUGUUCUUGAUCAACUUUCCCUUGUUAAGAGAAUCUGAAAUAGGAAAUGGCCAUUCCUAGGUGCACGUCGAUUGUAUUUAUUCACAAGAGCACAAAUAUUGUUUGUGCGACUUUUGAGAGUAAAUUUCACGAGACAGAUUGCGCUUGCUCACUAAAGGAAGUCAUCGUCUCUCGUAGUCGGCAAUUCUCCGUUUACUUGCAAGGGAGCGCCAUCGAAUAAAAGUCAGAGAUUCGAUAACAAAUGACUCUUGGUCAGACAAAAGUUUUACAGUUUUGAAAAUGGUUAGUCUCCAGACAAAGCUUUUGCCUAUUGCAAAUCAAAGAGAAAGACAAAGGUGCCUCAGAGAAAGAAUCCGUAAGCGAACUGGAGAAAUCACAAGUGCUCGAGUGGACAUAAGCUAUAGAUCUAUGAAUACGUAACUAGAAAAACGAUCAGUCUUAGCUCAUUUCUAGUUUCAGGGACUUACAAUGGCUUGGAUGCCUGGCGCGGAAACGUCAGUUCUUCUGUUAAAACAAAGGAUGUCUUCUGGAAAGAAACCUAUCUAUAGCUGAAGGUCAAAUGUUGUUGACCGUAACAUGUCAUAAGCAGUCGAGAUGUUUCUUAGCUAUUGAAUAUACAUGAUUGUACCAGGCUUGUGAAGUUCGAGAAACUGCUGAACGCGCUUUUCUUAAAAAGCAAUUUUAGCAAAUUUGCAGCCAUUAAUAAAUUUCAAUUAUGGGGCAAUCUUCUUAUGGGUA